CCUCUAACUAUCAUAUCUUCUUCUUCUUGUAAAUAUACUUAAUAUUAUUACCAUGUACAUAAAAAAGUAGAAGAAAUUAAUUGUUAAUAAUGGUGGAUUCUCCCGCAAGGAAGCGUUUGUUGGCUAGAACCGACUCCGUUCGCAUCUUUCCUACAAGAAGAGGAGCUAUAACUUUUACUUAUGCUUUCACUCUUGCAUCUAUUUUAUUCAUGCUUGUCAUUGUAAAUACUUUUCACCCGUCUUCACGUAGACAUCAUUUUACUAAAGUUAUGACUCACAUUUUCACCUCUAAUUCUUCAAAACCUCCUUCUAAUUCACCUCAACAUAGCCCUACUCAUGAUAAAACCUUUCAUAAAGAUGAUGAAUCAGUGGAUCAUAGGAUUGUAGCUUCUCCUUCUCCAUCUCAAAUUUCUAGAAAAGAAGAUGAUGGAUUGGUGGAUCAUAGGAUUGUAGGUUCUCCGUCUACAUCUCAAACUUCUAAAAAAGAAGAUGAUGGAUUACUGGAUCAUAAGAUUGUAGGUUCUCCUUCUCAGUCUCAAACUUCUAGAAAAGAGAAUGAUGGAUUACUAGAUCAUAGGAACGUAGGUUCUCCGUCUCCAUCUCAAAUUUCUAGAAAAAAAGAUGAUGGAUUACUGGAUCAUAGGAUUGUAAAUUCUCCGUCUCCGUCUCAAAUUUCUAGGAAAGAAGAUGAUGUAUUACUAGAACAUAGGAUUGUAAAUUCUCCGUCUCCAUCUCAAAUGUCUAGAAAAGAAGAUGAUCGAUUACUAGAUCAUAGGAUUGUAAAUUCUCCAUCUCCAUCUCAAAUGUCUAGAAAAGAAGAUGAUGGAUUACUAGAUCAUAGGAUUGUAAAUUCUCCGUCUCCAUCUCAAAUUUCUAGAAAAGAAGGUUCUGGUUUAGCACGAAAGCGAAGUAAAAAACAUCGUAAGGCGCAUCCACCGAUUGGUGCUACGAUUAAACCACAACAAAAGAAGUCUUUUGCACCUAUGCCUUCACCAAAUGUGGUGCAUAGUGAUCAACAACAUUUGGUGGAAUUAACAAAGAAUUGUAAUAUGUAUGAAGGGUCAUGGGUUUAUGAUGAUUCAUAUCCACUUUACAAAGCCGGGUCUUGUCCUAAUAUUGAUGAGCCUUUUGACUGUUUUCUCAAUGGUAGAACUGAUAAUUUGUUCGAAAAGUUCAGAUGGCAGCCUAAGAAUUGCAACAUGCCAAGGUUCAAUGGUAGUGACAUGUUGGAGUUACUGAGGGGAAAGCGUUUAGUUUUUGUUGGCGAUUCCCUCAAUAGGAACAUGUGGGAAUCUAUGGUGUGUGUUCUUAGUAAUUCAGUGGAAAAUAAGAGCAAGAUUUUCGAAGCAUCUGGUAGACAAGAGUUUCGAACAGAAGAUUCUUACUCGUUUAUCUUCGAAGAUUACAAUUGUUCCAUUGAGUUCUUCCGUUCCCCGUUUCUUGUUCAAGAGGGGGAGAUUCCAACCCAGAAAGGAUCAAAAAAAGAGACACUCCGUCUUGAUUUGGUUGAGAACUAUUAUGAUAAGUACAAAAAUGCUGAUGUUUUGAUCUUCAACACAGGUCAUUGGUGGACUCAUGAGAAAGUAAAGGAAGGGAAGGAAUAUUAUCAAGAAGGAAAUCAUGUAUAUGGACAACUGAAUGUUGAAGAUGCAAUUAAUAAAGCUUUAUUGACAUGGUCACAUUGGGUGGACACUCAUGUUGAUCCUAAGAAAACUACAGUUUUCUUUAGAGGCUAUUCACCUUCUCAUUUCAGGGAUGGGGAAUGGAAUUCUGGUGGUCAGUGUGAGAACAUUACAGAGCCAAUGAAAGAUGAAUCUGAUUUGCCAGAAAAUCCUGCAACAAUGAUGAAGACUAUUGAAUCGGUAAUUACGGGAAUGAAGACUCCGGUGUUUUACCUGAAUAUCACGAGAAUGACGGAUUACAGAAUUGAUGCUCACCCUUCCUUGUUCAGAUUCACCAAUAUGACUGAGGAGACCAAAAAAUUUACGCUCACGCAUCAGGAUUGUAGCCAUUGGUGUCUUCCUGGUGUUCCUGACUUGUGGAAUGAAUUAGUGUAUGCUCACCUUUUACAAAGGUUGAAAACAAACAAGGGAAAUCCUUGAACUUGAUUUUUGAUACAUUGUUACAAUCCUUAACAGGCUUCAUAAUAUAGUUGUGAUUUAAUCAGCUCAUAAAUCGAAUCAUCGUGUUGUGUUAUUUAUCUUAUUUUCAAUCAAAGUAGCGAAAACGAUUCAUCUUGCACUCGUUUUCAAUUCAUUCUCCCAAAAAACUCGAGGGAGGGUCAAUGAAUUCAAGGAAGUUGCCAAGGAAGCAAACAAAAAUAGACGCGUUUUUUUACUAGAGAAAUAGAAAAGUGGUAGAGUGAGAAUCACUGAAUUCAACUACAUCACAGUGUUGUAAUUCACAAGCCAAAAUAGUUUUUACAAAUUCAUACAACUUCCUUAAUUCAUCUCAUCAUUUAAUCUAUGUUGCUCCUUUGUGAAUCAUAUGCAAGAGCAAUCUAUUCAUCCUUAUUGUGGCGAAAAUGAUAUCUCAAGAAACAACUCUCGUAGUAGUAAUACAAAUCUUAAUAUCUCGAGAAACAGAACAUCAAUAGAUCUAUGAAAUUUCUUUAGCGGCAGAAAUAACGGCUUCCUUGGUUAUACCGUACUCCUUGUAUAUUUUUCCUGCUGGAGCACUUGCUCCGAACCGAUCAAUACCUAUGGUUUUUCCCUUGCUUCCGACAAUCUUGUGCCAACCGAAAGUUGAUCCUGCUUCAAUGCUGACUCUUGCUGUAACAGACGCAGGGAGAACACUCUCCUUGUAUUCAUCUGACUGAUCAUCAAAAAGUUCCCAGCUUACAAAAGAAACAACUCUUACAGUUUUUCCUUCCUUCCUUAGAUCAUCGGCGGCAGCCGCGGCAAUUUCCAACUCAGAACCAGUUCCAAUCAAGAUAACAU